GCAUCCCUUCAUCUGCGGCGUCUGCGUCUUCUCCAACAAGCAGGAACAGAGGCGCGACAAAGGGUUUCUGGAUUUUCUUGAAGAGUCUAGCUUUCAGCUGGAACCGGCUCUGGAAAUGACGGUGUUUUGUGAUCCCUAGCUAGGAAGGAAGCAGUUCUGAGUGGGGGAGAGAAUAAAAAGUUGGAAAAUGGAAGAGAAUGAGCAUAAAUUAAUGUUGGCAUGUGUGAUUCCCGGGACUCUCUUCUUCGUGCUGGGCUCUGCUUCUUUUGCGAUACUCUGGGCAGUCAAUUGGAGACCAUGGCGGAUUUAUAGUUGGAUCUUUGCCCGAAAAUGGCCUGAAAUGCUUCAAGGUCCCCAGCUGGGAAUUUUAUGUAGUUUCAUGUCUCUUACUGCUUGGCUGAUUGUUAUCUCACCAAUUGUGGUCCUUAUAAUGUGGGGAAGCUGGCUCACUGUAAUUUUGGGCCGGGACAUAAUUGGGUUAGCUGUGGUAAUGGGUGGUACUGGUAUCCUUUUAGCAUUCUACUCAAUCAUGCUAUGGUGGAGAACACAAUGGCAAAGCUCAAGAGCUGUAGCUGUUCUUCUUUUGUUGGCUGUUGGGUUGCUCUGUGCAUAUGAACUCUGUGCGGUGUAUGUCACAGCUGGUGUGAGUGCAUCUGAGAGAUAUUCACCUUCUGGUUUUUUCUUUGGGGUGUCAGCAAUCGCUUUAGCCAUCAACAUGCUCUUUAUUUGCAGAAUGGUUUUUAAUGGUAAUGGCUUAGAUGUUGAUGAAUAUGUGCGGAGGGCAUACAAAUUUGCGUAUUCAGACUGUAUUGAAGUGGGUCCAGUUGCUUGUUUACAAGAACCCCCUGAACCUAAUGAGUUAUAUCCUCGACAAACGAGAAGGGCUUUGCAUCUUGGGCUUCUGUACCUUGGCUCAGUUUUAGUACUACUUGCAUAUUCUAUCUUGUAUGGCCUGACCGCGAAGGAAUCACACUGGCUUGCGACUAUAACAUCAACUGCCAUUAUUAUACUUGACUGGAAUAUAGGGGCAUGCUUGUAUGGAUUUCAACUUCUUAAAAGCCCUGUCAUUGCACUUAUUCUUGCGGGAGUGUCUCGAGUGCUCCUCAUAUGUUUUGGAGUUCAUUACUGGUAUUUGGGACAUUGCACUAGUUAUGUUGUUGUCGCCUCUGUGCUUCUAUGUGCUGUUGUUUCACGCCACUUGUCUGCUACAGAUCCAUCAGUGGCGAGAAGAGAUGCUCUGCAGAGUACUGUUAUUCGCCUUAGAAAUGGUUUCCGCAGAAAAGAUCAUAGUAGCUCUGCUAGUUCUUCCGAGGGUUGUGGAUCCAGUGUGAAACGUAGUAGUAGUGCAGAUGCUGGUCAUCUUUCUAAUGCUCCUGUAUCUUGCACUGGUGAUGGUAGCAGCUACAAUACUAUUGAGGGAAUCAAUAGUGAUAAGAGUAUGGAUAGUGGAAGGCCCAGUUUGGCAAUUCGUAGUAGUUCAUGCAGAUCAGUAGCUCGAGAACCUGAAGUAGGCAGCUCAACAUGUGUUGACAAGAAUUUUGAUCGUAAUUCUCUGCCAGUAUGCUCAAGUAGCUGCAUUGAAAACCAAGGAUGUGUGUCCAGUGCAUCAGCUCCGAUAAAUCAGCAAAUGCCUGACUUGAAUUUGACACUUUCUUUCCAGGAAAAGUUGAAUGAUCCCAGAAUUACAUCGAUGUUAAAGAGGAAGGCAAGACAAGGAGAUCUUGAACUUACUAGUUUAUUGCAAGAUAAAGGACUUGAUCCAAAUUUUUCUGUUAUGCUGAAGGAGAAAGGUUUAGACCCAAGAAUCCUUGCAUUAUUACAGAGAAGUAGUUUGGAUGCUGAUCGAGAUCAUUGUGACAAUACCAAUGUGACAGUCAUUGACUCUAACAGUGUUGACCAGGUGUUUCCUAAUCAAAUUUCUUUUUCAGAAGAGCUCCGACGCCAAGGGUUAGGGAAGUGGCUUCUACUAUGCAGAAUGAUUUUGCAUCACAUAGUAGGAUCUCCGGAAAGAGCAUGGCUUCUUUUCAGUUUAGUGUUCAUCCUUGAUACUGUGGUUGUUGCAGUUUUUCGUCCGGAGACUAUAAACCUUAUAAAUGCGGCACACCAACAGUUUGAAUUUGGUAUUGUGGUGUUGCUUUUGUCUCCUGUCAUAUGUUCAAUACUGGCGUUCCUUCGGUCUCUUCAACUGGAAGAGCUAGCCAUGACUUCGAAGCCACGCAAAUAUGGAUUUAUAGCUUGGAUGCUAAGCACUUGUGUUGGCUUGCUUCUUUCGUUCCUAAGCAAAUCAUCAGUACUUCUGGGAUUUUCUUUGAUGGUGCCUUUAAUGGUAGCAUGCCUCUCUUUUGCAAUUCCAAUAUGGGUUCAUAAUGGCUAUCAGUUUUGGGUGUCAAGAAUUGAGAAUGGAGGUGGAGCAGGAAAUCAUCAAACUUUGGGAAUGAAACGGGGUGUUCUAUUCGUCUACAUGUCUUUAUUUGCUGGAUCUGUUGUAGCUCUUGGAGUGAUAGUGUCCGCAAAACCAUUAGACGAUUUAGGGUACAAGGGGUUGACUGUUGAUCAGAAUGUUGUUACCUCUCCUUAUGCAUCAUCUGUUUACCUUGGUUGGGCAAUGGCAUCUGCAAUUGCUUUAUUAGCUAGUGGCUUGCUGCCCAUUAUAUCAUGGUUUGCAACAUAUCGGUUUCCCCUCUCAUCUGGUAUUUCUAUUGGUAUAUUUGCAGCUGUUCUUGUGGCAUUUUGUAGUGUCUCGUUUUUGAAAGUUGUGACUUUGAGGGUUGAUCAAGUCCCGAUGAAGGAAGACUUCCUGGCUGCAUUGCUUCCACUGUUAUGCAUUCCUGCAGUCCUUUCACUUUCUUCUGGUUUAUUUAAAUGGAAAGAUGAUAACUGGAAGCUUUAUCGAGGUGCUUAUAUAUUCAUUAUUAUUGGUCUUCUUCUUCUGCUUGGUGCCAUUUCGGCCAUCAUAGUUACAGUGCAACCUUGGAGGAUAGGAGCAACAUUUCUCUUAGUUCUCCUCCUCCUAGUUCUAGCUAUUGGUGCAACUCAUUAUUGGGCCUCAAAUAAUUUCUAUCUGACAAGGGUGCAGAUGCUAGUUGUUUGUUUUCUAGCAUUUCUUGUGGCUUUGGCAUCCUUUCUUGUUGGAUGGUUUCAAGACAAGGCCUUUGUCGGUGCAUCCGUUGGUUACUUCUCAUUUCUUUUCCUACUAGCUGGAAGGGCAUUGUCUGUACUCCUUUCACCUUCGAUAGUAGUCUAUUCCCCAAGGGUGUUACCUGUGUAUGUGUACGAUGCACAUGCAGAUUGUGGGAAAAAUGUCAGUGGUGCAUUUCUUUUGCUUUAUGGCGUUGCAUUAGCUAUUGAAGGAUGGGGUGUAGUUGCAAGUUUGAAAAUCUAUCCACCUUUUGCUGGAGCUGCUGUUUCAGCAAUUACACUUGUUGUAGCUUUUGGAUUCGCUGUCUCUCGCCCUUGUUUGACUCUUGAGGGUAACAGGGGAAUGAGAUGUGUAGGGCUGAAAAGUGGAGAAGACGCUAGGAUUACCUGUGGCUCCGGAAUCAAUAACCCACUUGGAGGAAGACGAGACAAGACAAGCACUAUCGUUACCUGAAUUCGUAAUUGCCGUCAUAGAAGGAGAUGAUCGCUGCAGAAGCUCCUUGAACUGGAGGAAUUGGGCAUACUCAUCUGUUGAAGUAGGGGGGUUAGAGUUUUCACCCGAGGCAAAGUGUGCAGCUCGUCCCCUUUGAUUAACACGUUGAAGUUUCCUACAAUCACGCUUAUAAUGUCCCUCUUUGUGACAAUAAUGACAGAUUAUGGGCUCUUGAUUCUGUGGGGUGCCACUACGAACGAAUGACUUAUAUGGUUGCUUUGGUGACUCAGUUUGCAUCCUCUGACUUAUAAGAGCAUUCUGGGGUGCACCAUCAGAAGGCUCUAUGG